UCAGUUAGCAUGUUUCGAUGAGCCAGCAUCCUGUAGGAGAAGAGAAUUCAUUGAAAAGUGUUCAGAGCUGACUUUUCUCUUCCUCCUCUGACUCUUGGAUGUUUGUAAAAUGUCCGGGUUUCAGAAUCGUUCAGUUUUUCCUGUGGAGGUCCACCAGCUGUCUGUGAGUAGACAAGAGGUUUCCAAUGAGCAGCAGGAGAGGAGCUCUGGUCUGAAUCAGGAGAUUACUGAGCCACCACACAUUAAACAGGAACCAGAGGAACUGUGGAGCAGUCAGGAGGGAGAGCAGCUUCAAGAACCAGAUGAGGCAGAUAUUAUCAAAUUCACUUUUUUCCCUGUCCCUGGGAAGAUUGAAGAAGAUGAAGAGAAGCCUCAGUCCUCACAGCUUCAUCAAAGACAAAUUGUAGAAGUGGAAAGAGGAGCUGAUGGAGAGGACUGUGGAGGACCAGGAACUAUGAGGUACUUUGAUACGGAGAGAGAUUUCCAACCAGAGACCAAGGACAGGACUGAAGACUCUUCUGGGGCUGAGACUGAUGAUAGCACUGAUUGGAGAGAGACAGCAGACCACCAGCCAGGCUUGAAUUCACUGAGAAAACUAAAACAUAUGAGAAAAAAAGGAGAUAAGAAAUCACUUCACUGCUCUGAGUGUGGUAAAAUAUUUUCUCGUACAAGUAAUCUGAAAGAUCACAUGAGAAUUCACACAGGAGAGAGACCCUUUGGCUGUUCUGAGUGUGACAAAAAAUUUACAUUCAAAGUGAAUCUCAAAGAACAUAUGAGAAUUCACACAGGAGAGAAACCCUUCUGCUGCUCUGAGUGUGGUAAGAGGUUUAUCCAAAAACACCAUGUUACCAGCCAUAUGAGAAUUCACACAGGAGAGAAACCCUUCAGCUGCCCCAUGUGUGAUAAAACAUUUUACAUGAAAGGAAAUAUGACAAGACACAUGAGAAUUCACUCAAGAGAUAAAUCUUUUGGCCCUUCUGAACAUAGUGAAAGAUUUGACCACACCAAACACAUGUUAGUUCACACUAGACGGGACCUGUUUAGAUGCACUGAAUGUGGUAAAAGCUUUAACCAUACAAGUAAUUUGAUAAAACAUAAGAGAAUUCAUUCAGGAGAGAAACCCUUUAGCUGCUCAGAGUGUGGUAAAAGAUUUAACCAAGAAAAUCAUGUUAAAUAUCAUAUGGUCAUUCACACAGCAGGUAAACCUUACGGCUGCUCAGCGUGUAGCAAAAGAUUUAACCGCAAAGCAAAUCUGGUUAGACACAUGUCUAUUCACACUAGUGAGAAACUCUUCAACUCUGAUUUUGGUAAUGGGCCUUAAAUAUACAGUGAAACAAUAGAGAGCUCAAUCUUUAGAGAAACCCGUCUGCUGCUCUGGUCAGAGAUUUAGCUUUCAGUGUGGUCUGACCAACCUUGUGAGAAUCCACACAGCAGAGAGACCUUUUAACUGACUUAAUGUGUGAAACGUUAACAAAAAUACCUUCUGUCCAGACGUAUGUUAGUUCACAAAAAACAGAAGCAGUUUUAGAUGCUUUGAGUGUGGUACAAAAAUUGAGCCUUUGACUAAAUACAGGAGGAAUCCCCAUUUGGGUGCUCAGGAUGUAAUUAAAGAUUUUCUUUAAAGGUUAUGUAAUAAGUCUUUUGAGAAAUUCCCUGGGGACACGUGCUUAAACUGUGUGGUUAAAGAUUUACUCAAUAAGUUUCUAUGACCAUAAAUUUGUUGGUUCACACUCGACAGAAGAAAGGUAAUCUCUAGCCACUCUUUGUGUGCUCAAAGUUUCUCUAAAAAGUCUAAUCUAGUCAUUCACAGAUAUUAGAAACCAUUUAGCUGCAGUGUUUUUGACCAAAGUUUUUUUUUUGGCUAUAUCAGUGAUAGUCAGGCUCCAGAGGCUCUUCAAAAUCAAACAGAGGUGCACAUGGAGUCAGAGACCAGAGGUUAUGGUAAGGACUGUGGAAGAUCAGAACCAGCCAGGAAAUCACACCCAGAGAGGCAUUAACAACCAGAGACUGAGGUCAAGACUAAUGACUCUUCUGAACCUGGGACUAAAGGUUGUGAUAAUGAUUUUAAGGAGACCAGAGAGUAUAGGUAGUGUUUAAGCUCCGAGACGCAACACUGUUGAGACACCAUUAAGAAACUCUAUUAAUGAUGAUAAUCCUUUUCAUCAUGUUUUACAUAAGAAGGAAAACCUUUAUUUACCAAAGGAUGUUUGGGUUUUGUUAAGAGGACAUUAUUCUGACCCUAAUUCGGGAUGCAUGAUAUCGGUAGAUGUUUGCCAAAAAAUGAAAUAUCUGUAUCAACAUAUCUGAGAAUUUCUGCCAAUAUUUAAAUCUGAUAUUUUGGCUGAAAAAAAUCUACCUAUAUUAACUGUAAUUGAUGACCAUAUUAAUAAAUAAGUGAGUGUAAUUUUAGGCCUGACCAACAGACCUAUGUCAGCCAGUGACUUUUUUUUUUCAUUCAUCAUCAUUCCUUACACUCUGAAGUCUGUUUGAAGGACUGAGGUAUAUUGAUAAUUUGUUCAUCCUCAGAAUUUAAAUUUUGUGUUUUAGGGACCAAAAUUUUAGGUCUAAACUAAAUUUAAUCGAUAUCGGUAUCUCCUAAAACUCAUUUGUAAAUGUCAGCAAAAAUCCAGUAUUGUGCAUCCCUAACCCUAAUGGAUCCUUGUUUAUGUUUUUCUUUUCUGUUUUUAUGGUCACAACUCAAGACAAAAGAGACAUUCAAGCCCAGUUUUCAAAACACUGAGACAUUUUCUGAAUCUGUUGUUGUCAUAAACCUACUUUUUUCACUCACACCAUAGAGCAGGAAACCUCCCAGGUCUGAGAGACGUUGUAAAUACCUAAGUCUCUGUCGUUGUUUCAGAAUAUCCAUCCACAUAUGAAAUUCCUGUAUGAAAUGGACGUAUUUUCCAUUAAUACAUUGAAGAAAUUGAUUUAUUGACUUGUAACUUUGAUCCGAAAGACAAAGAAUGUGUGAAAAGGUGUUAAAAUCACAUUUUAUUCAAAUGUCUGUAGCAGGCUUGCUCCUUUGAGCCACGGUGUCUAACAGCUAAUGUAAAACAAAAACGUGUUAUCUACACUUAAUGUCAGCAAUUUAUUAGAAUAAAAGAAAUAAUUUUUUAGUAUUAAUACUUACUUCUUACUUAGUAAAAUACUUGGGUCUUAUUUGAAGCAUGUCAUUUCUGGUCUGUAGAGAAUUAUGAUACCUUAAAUAAAUAAAAAAUGUUCAGUGUUCUAUAA